CAUGGAAGCGCUCAGUUUGCGACAUGUAUUCGCCAUUUUGCUUCCUCGGUGUGUGCGCGCGUGUGAGUGUGCGCUUAUGUGUGUACGUGGGGGGGCUCUUCUCCGUGUGAAUACCUCUGUAGCUUUCACACGUUCAACACUCCACACAGCAGCUGAAACAAACCGGGGACAUGUCUGCACUUAUGGAGCCGUAGCUGCCGCAGCGUGACACGGACACCGGGACGACGGGACGUUAAAUAGUCUCGCCGAGCGUCACGGAGGAGCGCCUGCGGGGAGGAAAUUCAAGCUUGAUGAACAGGCGAGUGGGUUUCCAUCACAAACCACUCAGGAUGAAAUCACGACGUAAAGAGGACGGAUGUUUUUGUCCUCACAGGAUUAUGUUUGCUCUUUUGGAUUCUCAAAUUUGACCACGACCUCAAGUCCGUCGACAAUGAUACCUGGAUUGAUCUCCCGUGAGUUACAGGUGCUGCUUCUGGACCUGAAGAAUUACCAAAAUCGCACAAAUGGGGUGGAAGAGCUCAAACACAUCCUCUCAGAAGUGGACAUGAAAUCUGUCCCGUCUGGCAGUAUUGAGGAGUUCAUCAAUUUUCUCCCUCGGCUUCUGGAUGACAGUAAUUUUAAAGUGUUGUAUGGCACUUUACAAGUUUUAAACUUACUCAUUCAGAAGCUGGAUACGGGUGUAGACAGAUAUUUCCAACAGAUAGUCUCCGUGGCUCUUAAGGCCCUCGGCGACACUCACACCAUCACCAGAAAUGAAUACAUGAAUGUGUUUCGACAGCUGAUAACAACUCUUGCGCCACAACAAGUGUUGGAUCUCGUCAUUGGCAACUUGAAGCACAAGAAUUCAAGGGUUCGGGAAGAUGUCCUUAACAUCAUUAUGGCAGCUAUGCUCUCUCAUCCCAGAAAAGAUUUCAACAUCCCAAAGCUUUGUUUUGAGGUUGCGCCAUACCUGGCAGACAGCAAGAGGAAGGUCCGCCACGCUGCACUUGAGCUGUUUGCUGUGUUUGACUAUUGCCUUGACACAGGAAAGAAGCAGCCUCUGAUGAAAGCUGUGGACAUGGUCGAACUCAAUGAGGAUGCUGAGGGUCUUAUGGCAGCUGUACAGGCACGGCGAGCAAGGCACGUCCUUCCCAAACUCUCUUCAGAGGGGGUAGUGGAGUAUGGCUUGGUGGCCCCCAAACCAGCACAUCGGUGCUCCCUGCAGUAUGGCUCUGGGGCAGAUCUGGAUUGGGUGAUGAACGGAGGGCGGAUAAGCAGCGCCAGGAGCCACACAACUGAACCAGACAGUGACCGAUUGUAUGGCUAUGGCAGCCUAGGCUCCCUCACUGAUGACCUUCCACUUCAAAGGAGGAUCGUCAGCGCGGGUAAAGGGAAGAACAAACUACCCUGGGAGAUGUCAAGCUUCCCUUCCGCUGAGAACGACCAGCAAGGCAGUACGCUGAACAUAAAGUGCUCCGAAAAGGUGGCAAGUAAGGAUGUCCGUCCCCUGUCCAAGAAGAUGAGUCAAGAGAACUACAUACCCAGUUUCAGUUCUGCACAGCCUCAGAAGCCACAAUCCUCCAGAAGGAGGGAGUCCCCUGCACGCCUACGAAGAAGUGGAAGCCUCAACUUGGAAACCGACAUCUUUAAAACCACCAACUUCUCUGACCCAGAUGUUGUAGCACCCAAGGGACGCGUUCUCUCAAGGAACCCCAGUGUUGAGCGCACAUUCUCCCUCCCCUCGAACCCCACCCCAUCCGGAUCCUUCCUGCUGCCCUCCUACCCACUGGCCUCACUCACAGGAGGCAUGCUUACUCCGACACUGUCCCGCCGUCAUUUAGACUCCUCGCUCUCUAUGUCCAACACAUGGCCCAACAAGAGAGAGACCACCCCUCACCAACGAGACACCAGCCCAUGGAAAGACACGACAGUCACAGCAACGGGAGACCAUCUCUCUAGCAGAUGCUCUCCCCGGCCUCUUCGUGCUUCCCUUGUGAGUUCUUCUUCUACUUCGUCUUUCCGCCGGGCUCUGAGCAGCACCAGGGCAUCCCUAUCUAUCUCGCCAGUUGUCCCACCAGCAGAACAGGUCCAGUCCCAUAAUAGCCAGAGGUCCAAUACUCCGGGCAGCCCUCAGAAUCAACAGCUAGAGAGAAACCUUCAUCUGGACCCUGAUGGAAUCAAUGUGGUGCAAGAAACUCAAGAGGACAAUCCUCUGGACAUGCAGGAGAUGCUGAACUCCCUGCGCUCAUUGCGCAACAGUGCUGCCAAGAAGAGGGCCAAGGUGAGCCUUAGCAGUUCAGAUCCAGACAGCCCUGACUCGGCUGUGAGGCUGGACCUGGGUCUGAACUCACCAUCACACACCUCUCCAAUGCUUACCAGCUCAGCCAGCGAGAGUGGUCUUUCCAGUCUAAGCUCAGUCGCCAACUCUAGCUUCAAUGGCAUCAUAACCAGUCCCGGAAACUCUGCUCCUCCAGGAAUGAAAUCUUGCAUUGCGAGAGUGCCUUCUGCACAACUGAGGUCUUCUGUGGACUUCAGCAGCCUUCAAGCAUUGUCACAGAGAAACAAACUAUUGUCCGACGUGGGUGUUGUUGGGCAGAGAGUCACCUACUCCAACGGUAUAACCAAAACUGAGGAAGAAAACACAGGACCGUCCCCUCCACUGGUUAAACCAGCCUUCCGGGAAUCAGUCAGAGCUCUGAAGCCUGUCAAAGGAUCUCAGAGCCACAGCAGCAGGAACUCACCAGCCACAGACAUGGCUGAAGGAGUAAUUGGAAGAGGCAUGUUUGGCACUGCGGUGUCCUCCAGCCGUCCAGGGGCUGCCCCGUCACUUGAGCAGGGUGAUUCUGUGUCCAAACCCCCCACUGAUCCCUCAGCAGCCACCUACAGCCACGCUGUGUCGGGCAGUCGCCUAGACAGUGAUGACAGCCCACGUCCAGAAGAGGUUAAGCAGAGGGUGAAGAAUGCAAGGCUUAGCCGGGAUCAGCAUGAGGGGCAGUGUCUGGAUCAGCAUGAGGGGCAGUGCAGUCAAGUGGACCAUACACGAGACAAGAUCCGCCAACGCGUGAGACAGAUGCUGUCUGACUCACCCACAGAGGAGAAUAGAGUAUUAAUCAUCAAAGAUCUGCAUCUCAACGGCAGCACACUGGCCUCCACCAAAGCAGACCUUUUCUCUGACGAGUCUCCGAUCAGCCCCACCAGUCCUGUCAGCCAACUAGGACCCCAAAGCCCCCUCAAGUGCUUCACUCCACCCCACCAACCAAGCCCCCCCACAGUGCCCCCGAAUCCCAAAGGCCUCUCCCGUCUUAGGAGGGCCCCUAGCCUCAGCAGAACCCGACCAUCGCUGUCCCACAGCUCAGAUGAGCUGUCCCCUGGUACUAUGGGCCACAAGAAAAAUCUCUCAGAGCCUCCGGAGCUGUGUCCGUUUUCCAAGCCUGAGCUGGCACUGACACAGAGCUUUAACCUGCUUAGCUCCGAAGACUGGGAGAAGAAGAUCGAGGGUCUGAUGUUCCUGCGCAGUCUGGCUCACUACCACUUAGACACACUCCAGGGCAGGCUUCAUGAUGUCUGCCUGUGUCUCAUUCAAGAGGUGAAGAACCUGCGGUCAAGUGUCUCCAGGGUUGCAGUAUGUACACUGGGCGACCUGUACACACACCUAGGGAAGGCAAUGGACCAGGAGCUGGAGGGGACGGUUAGAGCUUUACUACAGAAGGCCGGGGAGAGUAACGCCUUCAUUAGGCAGGAUGUAGAUGCAGCCCUGGGCUGCAUGGUCCAGCACUGCACACCAACUCGUGGCAUCAACGCUUUACUCUCUGGGGGACUCAGCAACCUCAAUGCAGUGGUGAGGAAAUGCACCGCCCAGUACCUGGCUAAUCUGGUCGAGAAGGUUGGUGCUGCCCGCCUUCUGUCUGGAGGUAAAGAUCUCACAGACAGAAUCCUUCCUGCCGUCACCAAACUCGCUCAGGACUCCUCACAGGAAGCCAGGUACUUUGGGCGUCGAAUGCUGCUCUCCCUGUCAUCCCACCCAGACUUUGACAAGAUCCUGGAGAAAUACAUCCCCACCAAAGAUCUGCCGACUGUCAGAGACACUGUCUUUACUCUCAAAACAAAGGGUCUUGGUGAGAUGCCCCAAGAAACCCAGUCAGCCAGGGGUAGACGCUCCCUCCCAGGCAGCGGUACAGUCAGGGCCUCAUCCCUCACCAGAGAGCCACUCAAUCAGACCAGCCGGGAGUCCAAUAGCCAUUACAGCUGUAGAUCUCAGACACAGAGUAUUGCAGACAAGACCGAAUACAUCAAGCAGAUCUCAGGUCUGCUGGGUUCAAAGGACUUCAGAGAGAGGAUCAAGGGAAUCGACCAGCUUGUGGCCGACUGCCAGCACAACCCCAACAUGGUCAUCAAUAGUAUAUUCCCGUUGUUUGAUGCGUUCAAGGCCAGGCUGCAGGAGUCCAACAGCAAAGUCAACCUGUAUGCCCUCGAGUCUCUCCAGAAAAUCAUCCACUUGUUAAAGGACAAUCUGUCCCAAGUGGUCAACAUCGUGGUCCCAGCAAUCAUGGACAAUCACCUCAACUCCAAGAACAACGCCAUCUACUCUGCAGCUAUUGGAGCUAUCAAUGCACUUGUUUUAAAUCUUGACAACAUACUUCUUCUUCAGCCUUUCUGCACCAAGGCUCAGUUCUUAAACGGCAAAGCAAAGGUGGAUCUUAUCGAAAAGGUUGCAGAUCUUGUGACAGAGCUCUACCCUCGCAAGCCCCAGAUGGUGGAGCAGAAAGUGCUUCCCUUGUUGUGGCACCUCCUGGGCACCUCCACCCACAGUGGUACCAUUCAUGGCCGGGGCGGCAGCGUGAGGGGAUCUACCGCCAUCCUGUGCCAAGCCCUUUACGCCCAGAUGGGGCCCAGCCUGACUGAGUGUGCUGCCUCCCAGCCUGCCAAUGUCCAUAAAGGUUUAAAUGAGGUCCUGAGGACCUUAUCCUAAAGGUAAAACAGAAUCCAAACACUCAUCCUGGAAGAGAAGAACACUGACCUUACUUGAAGACAGAGAUGUUCUACAUUUCUUAUAGUGCCUGCACUUUUAUAUCAAUAAAGAGAAAGUCCUUUAAAAAGUAGGAGCUCUUAAUCUUCUAUUAGUGAGAUUUCCUCUGGUACAGAAGCAUGGACAAUUCUAACAUACUGACAUCAGGUCUUACACAAUAUCAACCUGCUCUCUUUGCACUUUGAAAAGGUAGCUCAUUAUCAUGAUAGAUUUCAUGAGUUUUACAUUUUACCAUCCUAUGAUUGUCAUUGCUUUUUUUCAUAAUCUAAAUGUACUGUAGACAAAUCAGAGACACUAUUGCAGAAUGUGAGAUUGAAAUGCACAAAAGACGAGGAAGACAGGGACCUGAAAGGUGUAUAUUUUUGCUGUUUCAUCAAAUGUGAUGUGAUAUUUUCAAAAUGUCUUCUAUAGUUUUUUUUUUUUUUUGAAUUGAGAUUAACAAAAAUAGUACAAAAUACAGCUCAAAUGUGUAUUUGCACAGUAUUAGCUUUAAUCUGUAAAUGUAUGCCGUGUCAUGUUACAGUUUAUAAUUUAUAUAUUGUGUAAUGGUUUCAAAGUCUUGUUAAUGAUGUGCUGAGUUGAUACCUUCUGUUUUUGCAUGAACAAAAUUUACUGGCAAGAGUAAAAGUUGUUUGUAUUUUUG